UCGAUGAAUGAAAAAUGAAGAUACUCCACUUCAAUAUUUAUCGCGGAACUUGCGGAAUUUGGAGGCCGCGUAGCUUAUCCGCAUUAACGUCAGUUUUCGCUCAGUCUUUUCGUUUCAAGAUGGGAGAACCUUCAGGCUUGACAAACAGUGAAGCUCGUGAGCUUUGCAAGGAGCCAGAUCCUGCAACUGCGGAUUACAUCAUGCAGCAAACUAUGUAUAGAAUAAAAGAUCCUCGGAAAUCUUUACCAUUUUAUACCGAAGUCCUGGGAAUGAGACUUUUACAAAAACUUGAUUUUCCCGAAAUGAAAUUUUCCCUCUACUUCCUGGGGUAUGAAAAUGCUUCGGAUAUACCAAAUGAUAGAAGAGAGAGCAUUGAAUGGACCUUUAGUAGAAAAGCUACCAUUGAACUGACUCACAACUGGGGAACUGAAACAGAUCCUGACAUGAAUUACCAUAACGGAAACUCGGAGCCCAAAGGAUUCGGACAUAUUGGAAUAACAGUACCUGACGUAGAUAAGGCUUGCGAGAGAUUUGAAAAGAUGGAGGUAGAAUUCGUAAAGAAACCCAACGAUGGUAAAAUGAGAGGAAUCGCCUUUAUCAAAGAUCCCGACGGUUACUGGAUCGAAAUAUUGAGUUCGUCAAACAUGGGGGGCAUUAUUCUGAAUAUGGUAGAGGAUAAAAAUUAUGAAAUUGGUUGCCGAGUCGAAUGUGAGGGACAUUCUGGCGUAUUAAAAUAUGUUGGACCAGUGGGUAAUACAAAAGGACAAUGGUUUGGUAUUGAUUGGGAUGAAUCAUCUCGUGGAAAGCACGAUGGCUCAUACGAAGGAGUAUCAUAUUUUAAAACAUGGCACCCGAAUUCUGGAUCGUUUGUGCGGCCAGGAAAAGUAAAAUUCGGAAUAUCGUGUCCAGAAGCUAUUAAAACCAAGUAUGGUUUGGUUAACGAUGAUUUGGCUGGUAUCGAUAGGGAUAAUUUAUCCAGUUUGCAAAAGGAAAUAAAUGCCCCUUUUAUGGAAAUGGUGGGAUUCUCAAAAGUUAAUAAAAAGCAGAGCAAUUUCGAACAAUUAAGAAUAGUUUGCCUACGAGAACAAUGUGUUGGCGAUGCUGGCAGUUUUGGCGAGUUAUUAAAACUUUGCCCCAACAUAACAGAGCUAGAUCUCUCAAGAAACUUAAUAAGUUCCUGGAAAGUUGUUGCUGAAAUUUGCGCUCAACUACGACAUUUAACUAGGCUCAAUGUCGGUGAGAAUAAUUUACCUGUGGAUGAUGAUUUGGCAACGUUGACAGAUUCAUUUAUGUCGGUAACUGAUUUAGCUAUGGCAAAAAUGAAUUAUACUUGGUUCGAUGUUCGACGUUGUAUCAAAAUGUUUCCUGCCAUAAAAAAUCUUUCUGUUUCUUUCAAUGUCAUAGAGGAUCUUGAAAUAUCAUCUAAAGAUUAUAAUUUUAUGAAAUUAACAGACUUGACCCUGGAGGAAAAUCUCAUUCAUGAUUGGGAUGAAGUUUUAAAAUUAGGAUGCCUACCAUGUUUAGAAACCUUUAAUCUGAACUGCAACAAACUGGAUAGCAUAAGAUUUCCCACCGAGAAUCCAACUGACAAGACGAAUAGUUUUCCCUCUUUAAGGCACUUGCAUAUAUCAAACAAUAGCAUAUCGGGUUGGCGGUCUAUCAGUGAAUUGGAGAAGCUCAAGAAUUUGGAAGAUCUGAAGUUCAGAGAAAACCCCAUACUGAAAAAUGAAAAUCUCGAAACGACGCGACAAUUAAUAAUAGCUAGGAUAUCAAAGUUAAAAUAUCUAAAUGGCACGCAAAUUUUCUAUGCAGAGAGAUCUGGAGCCGAGAAUGAUUAUUUGAAAUUAUUCGCAAAGCAGUGGAGAGAUUCUGAGAAAGAUCCUGAAAAGCGGCUUGAAUUCUUGAGCAAUCAUCCGCGAUAUCCCGCUUUAGUAAAGAAAUACGGAGCUGCAGACAUUCCUACCUCAAAAGCUGAUUCGACAAUGGUUUCUAAUGUGAUUUCUGUUGAAUUCGUUUGUCCCGAUGAUCCAAAUCAACCGAAAGUAAAACGAAAAUUGUUGAAAGAUAUGGACGUGCAAAAAGUAACUGGCCUUGCGCAGAGGUUAUUCAAGACUUAUGGAAAAUUACCAACUCUUUCCUUUGUUCAGCAAGAACUUUCAAAAGACGAGAUCCCUCUGGACAAACCUCUUCAAAAGUUAAACUAUUAUUCGAUUGAAAAUGGCGAUCACAUUCUCGUACGAUGGUGAUAUUCGAUUCGUACUGUAAUUAAACUUAUCCAUUUUAUAUAUUGUUAAAUACUCGCUAAAUCGCACUUUUAAACUUUCCAUAUGCGUGCAAAGAAAUUUCAGUACAUAGCACUGUUAACGAAGAAUUUAUUAUUAUUCAAUCAGUACAAAAACUUGACUUUUCUUCAAAAUUAUAAUAUAUUUUAGUUACGUGUUUGCUUUGUAAAUAACAAAUAGAUAUAAAACGCGAUUAUAUACAAUAUUAGAGCACCACGUAUUCACGAGUCACAAUAGUACGAAAUGUUUCCUGCUAAAUUCUUGUACAAUACUUUUUUUAUAAUUCAGCGCUUAUAAUAAUCUGUAUUAUAUUAUUACCAGUGAAAUAAAUUAAUUUUUACUUUUUCAUAAA